AGUCUGCACUACGCUCUCGAGUGGACAACACCAAACCGACUGAUCAGCAUGACCGGGCGUCUUGUGGCCGGUAUAAAUGCUACCAGAGUGGCUGGUGGCCGGCGGGGUCAGUAAGAGCUCUGCCGUAAUUACGGUACCUGCUUUUGUGUGUCAAAGCUCUGCAACACAGAACGCCGGGAUCGGCAGAAUUAUUGGCGUCUUACGUUGAUCUGACAUUGAGUCAGGUCAUCAUGAAGGCGGACAAAUUCACCCUGCUGCAUCACUUCGAAGGCUUCCCGAAGUCAAACGACUUCCGUCUGGAGUCUGAGGAGCUGGGCGGUCUGAAGCCGGGCCAGUUCCUCUGUCAGGCCGAGUAUCUGAGCGUCGACCCGUACUUGCGGCCCUUCUCGAAGCGUUUGAAUCCGCCGUCCACCAUGAUCGGCGCUCAGGUGGCCAAGGUGCUGGAGAGCAAGAACGACAAGUACCCGGCCGGCUCCUACGUUGUGGCCGGUAACUUGGGCUGGCGGACGCUGAGCGUGGCUGAAGAUCAGCCGGAGGAUGGGCGAUCGUUCACCGGCCUCGAGCCGCUGCCUGAUCUUGGAGGCCUGCCGCGCUCCUACGCUCUAGGCGUCAUCGGCAUGCCGGGAGUCACCGCCUACUUCGGCUUCCUGGAGCUGUGCCAGCCCAAGGAGGGCGAGACGGUGGUGGUGACGGGCGCGGCCGGCGCCGUCGGCAGCCUGGUCGGACAGAUCGCCAAGAUCAAGGGCUGCCGCGUGAUCGGCUUCGCGGGUACGGACGACAAGUGUGCCUGGAUCCGCCAGCUCGGAUUCGACGUGGCCAUCAACUACAAGACGUGCGCCGAUAUCGACGCUGCUCUGAAAGAGGCUGCACCCAAGGGGAUCGACUGUUACUUCGACAACGUGGGCGGCAUGCUCAGCCACCGGAUUCGGCAGCAAAUGAACCUAUUCGGGCGUUCCUCCGUGUGCGGCGCCAUCUCCAGCUACAACGACAAGACGGGCCAGGGGGCGCAGGUGCCCGCGCCUGAGAUGGACAUCGUCUUUAAGCAGUUGCGAGUCGAGGGUUUCGUCAACGAUCGGUGGUGGCACCGGCGUGAAGAGGCCUUCAAAGACAUGGUCGCCUGGGUACGCGAGGGGAAGAUCAAGGUUCAGGAGACGGUUACGACAGGCUUCGAGAAGAUGCCUCAGGCAUUUAUUGGUAUGCUGAAAGGCCAAAACACGGGCAAAGCAGUUGUGAAGGUGUGAAAAGAAGCAUGAUGAGAUGAAAUGAAAGGCAAGAAUUACAUGAAACCUCGUGUCUCGUGGUGUUAUUUGAUCAGCGAAUGGUCAGAUUGCAGUGAAGUAAUCUGCUUUGUGAUACUAAUAUCUUUCGUAUAUUUCUUUCACGUCCCUCUGUUAUAGGCACACUGUGUUCGAAACGCUUGGCUUUGGGGUCAUGCUGGUCGCUGUCUUCGCUUGAAUACAUCUAGAUUCGUACGAUACGUACAUCUUACA